GCAGCGCAAUCACCAUUGCUCAGAUAAUAACGGGGAACGUUUUCCGGCGCACCAAAACAAAAAUGGACAGACUGAAAUACCCCGAAUAUAGCAGGUUACAGACGAGGUCCAAAACGUUUGCCUCGUGGUCAAGAAAAGAACAGGCUAAGAAAAUGGCUGAAGCAGGGUUCUUUUCAACGAAUGUGCAGGACUCGGUGCGCUGUUUUCAGUGUGGAGUUGGGCUACGGGAGUGGGACCCUGGGGACGACCCUUGGGUGGAGCAUGCGCGAUGGAUGCCAAACUGUGCAUUUAUCCUCAGUAAUACUUCUCAAGAGUUCAUCAAUCAAGUGAAAGCGGCUGUAAACAGAGACAAGGCCCAGAAUGGCGUUGAAAACUCUAGAUUACCAGAAAAUGAUAUUGAGUCAGAUUGCCCUCCAGUUCGGGCAAAUAAAGAUACUAUCACGAUGGAGUACCCGGAGUCCACAUAUGAGAAGAAUCCACUUCUGACCGACGCAGCACAAAGUGUGUUAGAAUUCGGGUAUCUUCCGAAGGUCAUCAAAGAAGCCAUAGGAAAUAUCAUCCAGCAGGUUGGAGGAUGGAAAAACUUGACAGGGUCUCUGAUUUUGGAGGAACUAUUUAGGUUAGAAGAUGAAGGACGUAGUUUACAAAAUGGAAAACAUCUGGACGUACAGAAGGAUGUGCUUUCAACAGACGAAAUGGAAAGAGAAAACGAAUCCAUGCGUGAAGCACGUACAUGCAAAAUCUGUUGUGAGAAAAUGGUUGCCAUAGUAUUUCUUCCAUGUGGUCACUUAGUGUGUUGCGCGCAGUGUGCCCCAGCGCUGAAGAAGUGUCCAAUGUGUCGUCAGCCAAUCAAAGGAUCGACAAGGGUCACAUUUGGAACUUGAAGUUACCCUAAAAUGCUUGAUUGAUGUCCCCGAUACAUCUUGUACAUGCUUGUACUACACGAAUUACCAUCAAAAACUAUCUACGUUUUAAGUGUUUUCAGGGAUCAUUCAUUCAUUUCACAGAUAUUGAGUGAUUGUUACGAAACGUAUUAAUUAUUGAUACCCAUAGUUAUCAAAUACAUUACUAGAUCAAAAUACAGACACAGUGUAUUGUGCUUAAUCUACGGGUUGUUUUUUUUUUUUUUUUUUAUAUAUGUAUACGUUUUUAAUAAAAUCUUAUUAAUUUUA